UCUAGUUAGUGUCGCCGCCUUAGCCUCUCCUGCUACUGUUGCUGUCGCCUUCGCAGCCGAAGUAGUCGCCACCAGGAGGGACGGAGGAGACGAGUCCCUGGUCCUGGCCUCCUUCAGAACUUGAGGAUUCUAGGUCUCCCCAGCGCCCCUGUUUUGGUCCGGGACCUGGGCAUCCCCCCGCGAGGGGGCAGGGUGUGUGGGAAGCUGCCGGUGAAAAUCAGCAACUAGAGAAGAAUAUCUUUCUAUUCAAUUAUGUCUAGAAGAAGAUUUGAUUGCCGGAGUCUCUCAGGCAUGCUGUCUACAGCUAUCCAAACUCCAAUAAAAACAGAAAAUUUUCACAAUUUUUACAUGCUCACAUCUAAAGAGCUGGGCAGAGGAAAGUUUGCUGUGGUUAGACAAUGUAUUUCAAAAUCCACUGACCAAGAAUAUGCUGCUAAAUUUCUAAAGAAGAGAAGAAGAGGCCAAGAUUGUCGAGCAGAAAUCCUACAUGAAAUUGCUGUGCUAGAAUUAACAGAAUCCAGUUCUCGUGUGAUUAAUCUCCAUGAAGUCUAUGAAACUUCAAAUGAAAUCAUUCUGGUAUUGGAAUAUGCUGCAGGUGGAGAAAUUUUCAACCUAUGCUUACCUGACCUAGUUGAAAUGGUCUCGGAAAAUGAUAUCAUCAGGCUUAUUAGACAAAUAUUAGAAGGAGUUUCUUAUCUACAUCACAACAAUAUUGUGCACCUUGAUUUGAAGCCUCAAAAUAUCUUAUUAAGCAGCAUUUCUCCACUUGGAGAUAUAAAAAUUGUAGAUUUUGGAAUGUCUCGGAAAAUAGGGAAUGCAUGUGAAUUGAGAGAGAUAAUGGGAACUCCCGAAUACCUGGCUCCAGAAGUGUUGAACUAUGAUCCUAUUACCACAGCAACAGACAUGUGGAAUGUUGGCAUAAUCACAUACAUGUUAUUAAUGCAUACAUCUCCAUUUGUGGGAGAAGACAAUCAAGAAACAUACCUCAAUAUUUCCCAAGUCAAUGUGGAUUAUUCUGAAGAAAUGUUUUCAUCAGUCUCACAGCUGGCCAAAGACUUUAUUCAGUGUCUUUUAGUAAAAAAUCCAGAGGACAGACCAACAGCAGAAGACUGUUUGUCUCAUCCUUGGCUCCAGCAAAGGGAUUUUGUGGACUUGUUUCAUCCUGAAGAAACUUCCUGUUCUUCUCAAACUCAAGAGCACACAGUCAGAAACUCAGAAGACAAAACCACUAAAUCUACUUGUAAUGGAACCUGUGGAGAUCGAGAAGAUAAAGAGAAUAUUCCUGAGGACAUUAGUACGGUUUCCAAACGAUUUCGUUUUGAUGAUUCCUUGCAUAACCCCCAGGAACUUGUUCCAGAUCUGUUAUGCUAGCAACUUUCUCUUCAUUAUUUGAACUGAAUUUAAAAUCCACUGCAGUGUUGCCUAUGAAAUGUUCUGUUUUAUACCUUCAUGUUUAACAUGCUUAUAUUGAACAUGCACUUUUGACUUGGGGAACGAUUGAAGGAAAUGUAUUUGUGUUAAAGUAUUGGUUCAUAAUAAGAGAUCUUGCUCCUUGUCCUGGAACCACAGAACUCACCAGAGCAGAAAAUUUAAAUAGUAUAUUUGCACAUUUCAAAUAUCACUUCAAAAAUUAAUAAUUUUGAACAUUUUUAGUUAGCUAUGUAAAUAAGCUUCUGUAAAUAAGAGAAACUAAACUAAAUUUCACUAGGUUUGCCAAAGAGUUGCUAUACAGUACCAACUAAGUACUUCUGGUACUACUACUUUUUUUUUUUUUUUUUUUGGCUAGGACAUAAAUGUAGCAAACUGAAGAAAUUUAGUUAGUCUUUUGCUAUUCUUCUGUUAAUUGAAUUUAUUUAGAACAACGAAAUUAAAAUCAAGUUGUUCCAUUUGCUAUUCUUUCCACCUAAAUAUCCAGAAGCCAUUUUGCAAUUGAGAAAAGCAUUCAACCUUUAGUUGACUGAUUCUGCAUACAAAGAAUGUGAUAUUUUUCUUCAUAAAAGAUAUAAUAUGGGUUUCCCUUACAGUUUGUCACUCAGGAAAGUGUUUUGAAACUUGGGUUUUGUAGCUGUGAUAGGUUUUUCCCCACCUCCAAAAUGUACCCAUUCAAAUACAAUUUGGAGGAUGGUUACAAAACAGCUGACAAAACUUUCUGGUUAUUGCUCAUUGAAGAUACCUUAGAAAACAGUAUUAAGCAGCCAUAUCUAACGAGAAUGGAAGAGUAUGUGGCCAAAUUUAGCUUUGGAAGUAACAGAAUUUAGAAUGUAGAAUAAUAAACUUAAGAAUCUAAAACAAAUCAUUCAAAAUAAAAAUAGGUCUGAGAAUAAACUAUUCAAUUACAGUCUUUCAAAAGUACAAAUGACUUGAGUCCAGGUAGAGAGCCAAGUUCAGUGGUAUUUAAACGUCUUUUGUACACCACCCCUCACGGUGAGUAGUGAGCUUCAGUAUGAAAUCCAUGUAGUUCUACAGUGUCCUGUGUAGUAUCUGGUAUCCUUGGUGUCCUCAGAAAAAGGUCCAAAGGAUAGCAGACAUACUUCUGCCAAGCCAAUCCUUACAGUCUGCACAAAGAGUGGCCUUCAUUAGCAGGUGUUUUAUCUCCCAGUUGGACGGCUUAGGGCAAGGGAAUGAGAGAUUUCAUGACCUACUGACUACCUUAAACUAUAAAGAGGCCAACUUUUGGCCAAAAAAGGGUAGAUAGCUCUAGUUACCUUCCUAGAGGUCCUAAAAUUCCAAUUGUCUUAGUAAGAACUUUCAGACAGAAAUCUUAUUACUAGUAGUAAAGAGGGGUGGGUCUUUUGCCUUUAACAUUGCAUUUACUUAAUGUCAAGAGUUUUUUUUAAAAGAGAAAUUCUAUGUGUUGAAUAUAUGUUUGUGUUUUAAAUAUAUGAUCAUCUACACAGCUCUUGAUUCAUACUAAUUCUAGGUUCUUCAAAGACCUGUGAAUGAAUUUUUUCAACUCAGGUGCAAAAAGAAUUUUUCUCAUAUAUCAUGUAAAUAUAUUAAAAAUAGUUUUUGAACAACGGACUAGAAAUUCUAAAACCUAAAAUAGGCAUCUUCCCUUUCUAUAAAAGCAAAGGUUUAUAGUUUUAUAAUGAUUGUUUCCAUUGUUUUGCCAUCAGUAUUAAGUUAGUGUACUCAAGUGUCAAAAAACUUUAUUAAUGGGGUAUUGGGAACUGGUUAUAUGUAUCCAUUUUCUAUGUUAAAAUAAAUUUUCACUAGUCCAGAGAUAGCAGUCCACAUCAAUACAUGAAAAUAAGCAAGAAAUAUAAAAUAUUGCAAUAAUCUGAGCACUAAAUAUUUUUGGAGCCUUUCAUAUCAGUUUCUUUUGUUGCUGGAAGAAGCUUACAUUUAGCCAAUCUCUGCUUUACAGAUCAAAUUUUAAGUUAAAUCUUUAAAAGGCUUUCAAUUAUUUUCUUCAAGUUCUGAAAUUAAGGUUUAUUGUGAAAAGAUAGUAAAACUUGAAUUAUGGUAGCACUCACCAUGUAAAAUUCCAGUUUCUAUAAAAAUGAAUGUAAGUCCACUUAUAGACAAAGUAAACAGCACUUUAAACUGUUUACUCCUUUUAUUGUUUCAGAUUAAGUUAAAUCCUACGAAUGAGAAGAUAUUAUUUUGAAAUAUAUAAUCAUUAAAAAUUUCUGAUUUUAUUCCAAGAUGUUAAACUUUUCAAGUAUCCUACUUGAAGUGCUUAAAAAAGUUUCACCAUAAAUUGCUUUAAAAACAAGAGAAAAAUAUAAUAGAAUAGUACAAUGUUUCAUCAAACCACAGUAAAAGAAUGUCAGAGAUUUAUAGUUUUUUCCAUUAUUUUACUUGAUUAGAAUGAUUUUUAGUUUGCUAAUUUCUUUUCAAAAUGGAGGUCAAUAUGGUUAUAGCUUAAGAUAGACAAACAGCAAUUCAGUAGUAAAUUGUGAAGUUAUCUGACAUUUUACUAAAUCUUUUAAAGUGACUUUAAAAAGGUAAAACUGAAAUGAUACAAAAAAAAGGUUUCAAAAAGGUUAAAGAAACGUUUACUAAAACAUUGCAAUUUUUUCUAUGUCCAUUCAGGAUGUACUGGUAAUUAAAAAUUAUUUUAAAUAAUUUUUUUCAGCCACAAUGUGCAAGGCUAAAUUAGGGAAUCAUUGAAACUAAAUGUAUAAUUUUUCUUUUUUCAUUUUUCAAUCACAGUGACUCGUACAAAUCUUAUUUUCAUUUUCUCAAAGAGUCAAAUAACAAAUUAAAAUGGAAAAAAAGUAGGACAUUUUCACCAAUUCAAAAACGGAGGUCACCUUAACAGGAAUAAAUAUCAUUAAUUGCUCAAUCGCUCCAGAGUUGAAUUUUAAGUUAUAAUUUUGCAAGAUAAAAUCUCCUUUCUGAAUAUGGAAUAUAAAGAGUUGGAGAACAUUUUUAAAGACAGAAAAUUAGUAUUUUAUUAUCAGUGAUCACUUUGACUUGACUUUCCACUAUAAAGUUAUGGAAAGUAUAAAACAUAAAUACAAAGCACUUUAAACAUAUACACACAGACACACAUGAAGUAGUGUAUUGUCCCCAAAGAAUAUUUAUCAAUUUUGAUGUUUAAAAUUGUUUACAUUUUUUUUAUCUUCAGUUAGGCAACUGGAUUUCCAAACGAAGCCAACAUCUAGCAAAUGAUACUUUUUGAAAUGUGUAAACAAUUGUACUUUUAUUUCAAAGUAUAAAACAAAGUUUGAAUUCUCUGGAUUAUUGUAAAUGUCUAAUUUUAUGAAAACCUUUUAGAGUGCUUUAACUUACUGUAAAAUAUUGUAUAUAUUCAAGUAUAGGUCCAACUGUCCUGUGGUAACUUUUAUUAGAUAAUUUAAGUUUUUAAGGAUAGAAUGACAGAUGUGAUUAUCUUUGAGCACUGUUGUUCUAUGUACUUAAUGAGCCUUUUGAUUGUACAUUAAAUGGCAUCUUUUUUGUA